UUUGCACUCGGCCCUGUUGUUCUGGCGCUGCUAUAAAAGGAGCCGCCCCUGAAGUGCGUGAUCACAACACUGAAGCUCAACCAGAGAUUCACCUGCUCCCCUGAGGAAGAACCAGACCAACGCUGAGAGACAUGGAUCCUUGCGAAUGCUCCAAGACUGGAACCUGCAACUGCGGAGGAUCUUGCACCUGCAAGAACUGCAGCUGCACCACCUGCAACAAGAGCUGCUGCCCAUGCUGCCCAUCCGGCUGCCCCAAGUGCGCCUCUGGCUGCGUGUGCAAAGGGAAGACAUGCGACACCAGCUGCUGUCAGUGAGAGGAGCCUGAUGCACUGUGGAGCCAUGCGCCCUACACUGAUUAAACUGUAGCCGCAAAUGUCUAGAAUGAGAAUAAUGGCUUUUGUACUUGUCUUUCAAUAUUAAAAUCAACAUGUUUCCUCAA